AUGGCCAAACCCCAGCCCUCCUGGGCCCUCGGGGCCUCGGAGCAAGACGCACCCGCGUCACCGCGAACCAUGCGAACACUUCGAAAGAUCCAAUCCCACCAAGUGCUGUCGACUUCGAGCGCACUUAUCGCACAGACCCAGAGCACCCGUCAAGUGGGCUCCAGUGGAGCUGGUUCUGAACCAGCGGCAAAUCCUGGUGCUACAACACGAACCCGCGGACAUCGUCGCGCUCGAUCGAACAGCGAUGCGGCUGCUCGAGAAGCCGCGGCAACACAACCUGCGACCCAGAGACGCCCUGCACGGAAAACAGGGUCGGGGAUUGGGGUCAAAAGAUCGCUUCUCGACGUUCUCUUGCGAGAUGGGCCACAGAGUGCGAACCUCCACGAGGGACUCCGGGAGCUGAAAUACCUCGUCUUAUCCAGCAGAGUGGACGCAGAUGGAGAUGGCAUGUCACCUUACCGUAUCUACCUCUGGUUAAUUCUUCUUGACGUUCCCGCGAUGCCCACCGAUGACUACCUUGCUCUUAUCCACCGCGGCCGUUCUCCCGCCUAUGCCAAAAUCCGCAACGACACCUUCCGCACACUAGCUACAGACCCUCUCUUCAAACGUCGCGUCACUGAGGCAAGCUUAAUCCGACUGCUCAAUGCUGUGGCGUGGAAGCUUCACGACUCAAGGCCAAAACCACGAUCUCGACCAACGUCAUCUCGGCGCCGUGAGAUGGAGCUGCUAGUGAAUACACCACCCAGCAUUAUUGAGGAGUCCACUUUCGGUGGGGAGUUGGAUAAGGUUAAUAAUGUCACUACAGCUGAUUCACCCAUGUACGUCCAGGGAAUGAACGUCUUGUGUGCGCCAUUCCUCUAUGCUGCCCGGAGCGAGGUGGAAGCCUUUGCUCUGUUUCACUACUUUGUCACCCGCGAAUGUCCAGGGUAUAUCCGUGGUGCCAUGGAUGGAGUCCACAAGGGCCUCCGUUUGGUCGACCGUUGCCUUGAGAUUGUGGAGCCCAAGCUUGCAGCAUAUUUGUUCUCGAAGGGCAUGCACGCUGAACUCUAUGCCUUCCCGUCUGUAUUGACACUGUGCGCUUGCACUCCUCCGUUGCCUGAGGUGUUGCAUCUGUGGGACUUCCUAUUUGCAUAUGGGCCACACCUAAACAUUCUGUGCAUUGUUGCCCAGUUGAUCCGUAUGCGGGACCAAAUCUUUGAGAGUCCGAGCCCGAACAAAAUCCUCCGCUCCUUCCCUCCCCUUGAUGCAAAGGAAAUCAUUGCAUUGACAGUUCUCUUGGUCCGGAAGAUUCCCGAGGACCUUUAUGCGGAGAUGAUCAACCAUGCCAAAUAG